GUGUAGUGUAGCCGCCGAGUAAUAGGGUUGCGAUUUUAACAACAGGAAAUAUUCUUAUUUCGGCUUCCUUUUUUAUCGGCGUGUGGGUUUGCUUCCGCAUCAGAAACAAAAUGUCGUCUGGAGUUCAAGUGUCCGAGGAUGCCAUCAAUACAUUUCGGGAUAUGAAGGACAAGCACUUACACAGUUAUGUCAUCUUGAAAAUCAACGAAAAAGGAGACCAGAUUGUCCUAGAUGAGAAGGGGCCCAAAGAUGACGAAACCAGCCAUGAAGUUCUAUGCAGAAAGCUACAGGAGGCUGCGGAAAAUAAGCAGGGCAGAUACGCACUCUUUGACUGCAUCUAUGACAAGAACAAGACAUCCAAACUCUGCUUGAUCACUUGGGUGGAUGAUGCAAUGGUGAAAAUCAAGGACAAAAUGUUAUACACGUCAAGUAAGAAACAGCUUCAGUCAAAGAUGGAGGGCAUAGCUGUCAACCUGCAGUGUAACAGCAUAGAAGACCUCGAGUGGGCAGCAAUCGUCAGCAAGUGCGCCAGCAAGUAUGACUGAUCCCACACCACUCGGUGAGCGGCGGCAUUGGCAUAGUAGUAGUCUUUUUCUUCUGUAUAAGGUCCAGUUUCUUGAAAUUGUCUUAAGUCUACCCAACUAAAGUCAUUUUACUCCAUAAGUUCAGAAGGUAUUUUUAAUACAAAAAUGUUUUGAAUGAAUACUGUAUUGAUCAUCUAAAAAAAUAAUUGUAACAGAGCACUGAACGAUCUUCAUUCUUUUGAAUGUUAUAUGUAAAAUAAUGUUACGAAAUGAAAAAAGUGAAAAAGAUCAGUUUAUAUCGUAAAGCUAACUUUUUACACAUUUAAAAAAAUUGGGGACCAGAUCUGUAUGUUUGUAGUACUGUUGUAUCAGCAUAGUAACCAUGUACCUGUAUAUGAUUAUUUGUAAAUCAAGUUUAAAUUGUAAUACCAGAGCUAAAAACACUAGGCAUAAAUGUUAACUUGCAUGAGGAAAAAAGGUUAAACAUGUUUUUACAUUUUUAUUUUUUUUUCGCUGUUAAUCUUACAAAGGAAAUGACAACAAACCAGUUUUUAUAAUUUUACGCAAAUUUUGCUGAGUCUUUUUUUCAGCCUGUUUAUUUUAAGAUAAGUUCAUUUUGUAUUGUUGUAAUAAAAUGUGUGUUUUAUUUGGAUCUAGAGCUAGACAUGGCGCUGUUUAAUUUGAAAAAGAUGUCUUGCAAUAUUGAUUGAAGGACAAUAAACCAUCUCAUAUCUUCACUUCAUGAGUGGAAGCAUAGAGAAGUUCUGAAUUUGUAAAUGUUUUGUUUUUUGACUGUUAAUCUGGUACUUUGUGCUAUAGAAUAUUUAAUCGUCUAAAAUGUUGAAUAAUGUACCAAAAGAAUGUGUGUACAUGCCAAUGAGUGGUUCAAUGCCACGAGGGACCAAAAGAACAGUGUCGUUAAUAAUCAUUGUACAAUUGAUUUUGUAGUACUGUGCAUUUUGGGUUUUGCAAAAUAUAAGCAAUAUACCACUCUCUUUUUUAUACCGUAAAUAGAACCAAAGAAUUUUCUGUUUGAAUUAGCAACAUAAUUUUGAAAAUUCUUUGCAUAUUUGUAUUGUGUAUUGACAUAAUAGAAAUUUCACUAGUCAUUUUUGUUUCUUCAAAAACAACUGAAACAAUCAUGUUUUGGCACUAUAUAAUAUAACAUUUUAUUUUUCAGCAUUAUUUAUUUAAGUACACUUAAGUCAACUGCAAUAUUAAUAAUGGCUUAACUUACUUUUUUCUUAAACAUUAACAGCUAUUGCUAAUAACAAUUUCGUUUUCUGUUUUGCAUGAAAUUAUUUAUGUAAACGAUUUUGCUUUCUUAAUAUAAUAUUGUACCAAGUAAAAAAAGUGCUAAGAAUACAA